UUAACUUUUGUAAGUACAUAUACAAGGUAGAAAGAAAUUGGCUAAAUUUUUUUGAAAAACGUUUUAAAUUAGUGUAAUAAAACGUGUAAGCCAUAGUAAGUAACGAGUAAGUAAAUCGAUGCACUGACCAAACAACCUGCAACCUGAUCCGGCUGCAACCCGCCCGACCUAUAACCUGAUCAACCUGUAAUCUAAUUAGCCGGCAACUUGCUUAAUCUGAAACCCAAAUGACCCGCAACCUGAUUGACCAGUAACCCGAUAAACCCAUAAUUCGAUGAACGUGCAACCUGAUAAUUGCGAACUCGACUAACUCAUAAUUAAUGAAUUCAAAAACCGAAUAACCUAUGAUUGAACCCAGCUCAAAACCGUCCGAUUGACACACACGCACACACACACACACACAUAUAUAUAUAGGGUUAAUUACAUGGUUGGUCACUGAAAUUACGAAAAGCGUUCAGGUUUGGUCACUACAAAUAUUUAAUUCCGUUCGUGGUCACUAAAAUUAAUCAAACGAUUCAAGUUUGGUCACUCUCCGUUACCAUCCGUCAACCUCCGUUAACGCCGUCAGUUUUUUGCUGACGUGGCUAACAGAAGUGCCUAAUAAGCUAAUUUUAACCCACAAAAUAAAAUCAGGCCCACCACCUCAUUAAAACCAGCCACAUAAGAAACCAACCCAAUCCAACCCAACCAUUGACCCGACCCUUCCUCUUGUUGACCCAACUGGAAAAAAAUCCCUCUUCUCUCAAAUCCCAAAUCAAAUCGCAAAGACACAUCGGUCUUCUUCCCAAAAAACUACUCCACGCCAGCCAACGACAACGUUUGCCAUCCGACCGUGUCCCGGACGUCGGUCUUCUUCAUAGCGUUGUAUAGCGUUGAGGACGGUGGAUCAAGCAAUGCGUGCUGUUGUUCAGAAGAAUAGUUGCCAUGAUUUCGGCAGCGGAGGCGGAGGAAGAGGGACAAGGGCGGCUGGAUUCGGAGGGAGAAGGAUAGUCGAGGAGACCGCCACCAAUUCUACCUCCACUUAUGCCUUACGGCGACCGAGAUUCGAGUUCUUUGCCGCCCGUCGAUGUGAGAUUCGAGUUCUUGGUCGAGCCCAAGUUUGCUUAUGUCAUGCUCUCUCUCUCUCUCUCUGUCUUCUUCUAUUCCCCUCUCCUGAUUCCUUUCUCUUUCCCUCUACAUUCUGAUCUUCUAAUGCUCCCCCAUCUUCCCUCUUCUUCUUCGUAUAUAACCCACGUCAGCAAAAAACUGACGACGCUAACGGAGGUUGACGGAAGGUAACGGAGAGUGACCAAAUUUGAAUCGUUUGAUUAAUUUUAGUGACAACGAACGGAAUUAAAUAUUUUUAGUGACCAAACCCGAAAGUUUUUAGUAAUCUCAGUGACCAACUAUGUAAUUAACCCUAUAUAUAUAUAUAUAUGGUGGCUACUUCGGUGCACUCACUUUUUUGGGUGCACUCAGUGCACCCAACUCUAAAAGCGUCCAUAAUACAUCAAAUUUUGAACUUUAAUUAGUACUCUCAAUAUAAUAUGAUGAUAUGACAUAGAAUCAUAACAAAUCAAUCCAUUGCCCUAACCCCUUAACAUUCAAUUUUGAAUCCCAACCCAAAAUCCCAAAUUGUAAACCUAAACCCUAACCCUAAAUCCCUAAAUCCUAAAUCCUUCGAAUUAAAGUAAAUUUUGAAUGAUUUUUUUUCAAAUUCAUGUGCUUCUUAUUCAUAAUAUCAUAAGCAACAAUUGUUACCGUUUUGACAUGAACCGCAUGGUCAAAAUGACAAUUAUGAGGAGGGUGUACUGAGUGCACCCGAAAAAAUGGGUGCACCGAAUACGGCACCAUAUAUAUGUAUAUAUAUAUAUAUAUGGUGCCUACUUCGGUGCACUCACAAAAAUGAGUUCGUUCAAUGCACCCAACUCAAAAACUAGUCUUAAGGUGUCGAAUUUUGAAUUCUAAGAUGUAGAAUUAGUGUAAUAUGAUGAUAUAACAUAUGAUAACAACUAAUUAGUGGAUAACCCUAAGCCCUAGACCUCCAAUUUUGAGUUCUAUCCGUAAACCCCAAAUUAUAAACCCUAACCCUAAUCCUAAAUCUCUAAACUCUAAUCCUUCAAAUUAAAGUAAAUCUUUAAUGGUUUUUUGUGCAAAUUCAUGUGCGUUAUUGUUCAUCACAUCAUAAGUGAUGAUUGACAUCAUUUUGACAUAAAUCGCAUGUUUAAAAUGACGGUUAUGAAGCGAGUGCACUGAAUGCACCCAAAAAAGUGAGUGCACCGAAGACGUCACCAUAUAUAUAUAUAUAUAUAUAUAUAUAUAUAUAUAUAUAUAUAUAUAUAUAUAUAUAUCUAGUCUAUCUAGACUACUUAUAAUACAUUUUAAAGAGUUUGAUUUGUUCGAUUUCAAAUUUCCUGCAACGAGAGUGAAAGUAGGAAGGGUAUUUUCGUCUACACAAUCAUUUUUUUAUUUAUAUAAAAAGAUAUCAAUGCUAGGAUUUGAACCAUGGUCUCUUCCACCAAUGACAAUAAUUGUAACCAAUUAGACUAGACACAUUUGUUGUACUUUAGUAAUACAAAACAUAGAGGAAGUUAAAAUUAUGAAAAACAAAGUACUUUUCUAUCACAGUUAGUUAGCCCGCUAAGUCUCCUAUAAGUAUUUUGUGGAGUUUGAUACUUCUAGUUUCAUAUUUUAAUAAUUAAUUUAUAAUUUUUUCUAACUUAUAAAUGAAGGAUAAUCUUAAAAUCUCAACACAAUUAUCAUUGGUUGGAAUAUUGCGAAUUAAAUUGAAGUGUUGAAUGAAGUGUUCAAUGACGAUAUAAGGACACUGGUACCAUACAUUUCAAGAUAAAUAAAAAUGACAAACACCGAUACCAAUUAUCUCGACAGUCUAUACUAAAAUUCAAAAUUAUUUAAUCAUUCAAUUUGAAUGAUAGUUUAGUCAAAUCAAGCAAAUAAUUCACGAUUGUGUAUGAACAAAAAUAAAAACAUAUGUAUUGUAUUAUGAAAAAUGUAUUUAUUUUAAAAAUCUAAAAAAACAAUCAAAACUUCCAUACGACCCCUUAUUUCAAUAAUGUAAUUAAUGAAAUAAUUUUUAUCAG